AAGACUGUCAUCAUCAAAGACUGAUAUACUCUACAUCAGAUUUGAUCAAUUUAUACCAGUCCACUGCUUGAGCAUACAAUACAACGACGAUUCUCAAUGUCGUUCGCUCCGCCUGCCGGUCCUCCGCCGCCGUCCGUCCCGGAGGGGUGGAAGCCUGAGUUCGAUGACCGAUAUAAGCAAUGGUACUUCGUAAACCUGCACACCGGCAAAUCCCAAUGGGAACGCCCAGAAGCCCCAGCCAAGAAGCAAGAGGAGCUGCAUGAACCUCCUAGCGUCCCGCCACCAUCAUACGAGGAAUCCGGCGCAGGAAACUCUGCAGCGGGUGCGAAUGACAAGAAAGGUGGUUUUGGCUCGAACAACCCCUACAACCAAGAAAAAGAUAAGGAAGAUGUGAUCGAGAGCGAUGCAAAGCUAGCUGCGCGGCUACAAGCUGAAGAGAACGCUCGAUCCGGGACGCAAAGCCCAGCAGUACAGCCGGGUGCCGCUGCUGAUUAUUACAGCGAUGGCUCGCAUGCGCAAUCGCCGGGUCCUUCGUCAGCGCAGAAUCUGGCGCCUCAGGAUACAGGUCGGGGAAAUAGAACGCGCAGCAGGAGUUUCUUGAGCAAGUUGAUGGGGAAGGCUAAGCCAAGCGGUGGAGGCAGUAGUAGUCCCUAUGGAGCCGGAGGGUACAGCAGACCACCCCCGCCGCCACCGCAGUCAUAUGGGUACCCGCCAAGUGGUUAUUAUGGAGGUUAUGCGCAACCACAGACGGGGUAUGGUUACUCCCAAUACCCGAUGCAGGGUGGGUAUGCACAUCCCCAGCGACGACAAGGUGGCAUGGGAAAUGCAGGUGCGGCAGCGUUAGGUGUUGGCGGUGGGUUGCUUGGUGGCGCUUUGCUGGCGGAAGCAUUCGAUGGGGAUGACAAUACUUAUGUCGAAAACAACUAUGGUGAUGAUGGAGGAAAUUAUGACGGUGGUGAUGAUUUCGGUGGUGGUGACUUCUAGUGGCCGCACU